AUGGAUUUGGAUGUAGCUUUACAAAGGACAUCAGAAGAUGAGGCAGAGAAUCAAUAUGAUGAAGUUUAUCCGGGGCGAGUACUCAAAGGUGAAGAUACACCACGUAGCGCUAAAAUCCGAUACAUGAGGGGAUCUCGCGAACCAAAAACAUUCGCACGUUACACUUCCAGUCUAAAGAAUAUGAUACCCUUACGGCCGUUUCAUAAACACGAACGUUCAAGCGCGAGUAAAGUUGACGAGUCAGGCUUAUUUUCAUUUAUAACCUUCAGCUGGAUAUUCCCAUUUCUUUGGGCUGCUUUUAGAGGUCGUAUAAGUCAAGAUCAAGUGUGGAAUUGCAGCAUUUAUGAUGCAUCUAGUGUUAAUUUGGCAAGAUUUGAAUAUUUAUGGAAGCAAGAACUUCUACAGCGACCCAACAGACCAUCGCUUUUUCGAGUCGUGUGUCUGUUCAUCAAGACGAGAAUUUGUGUUGCUUGUUUCAUCUUCGUAUUUUGCCUGCUUUUUGGAUUCAUUGGUCCAGUGUGUUUUGUGAAAGAAUUGAUAUCAUUUGCUGAACAACCACCUCUUUUCAAUAUGUAUCCCAAUUUUGGUUUUGGCAUUUUCUUGGCUUUUGCAAUUCUUACAGUCGAAACAAUACGAGUACUCUCAUAUGGAGCUACAUGGGCUGUAAGUUACCGAACGGGUAUCAGAGUUCGUGGAGCCUUACUAGCUUUACUAUACAAACAAUUGAUCAGUGUGCGCUCACUGAGAACAAAAACUGGAGCAGAGGUGGUAAACAUUUUUGCGAAUGAUGGACAACGUUUACUUGAUGCAGUUUCAUUUGCACCACUGGUAUUGGUUGGACCUUUGGUGCUAAUUGCUGGAAUAAUCUAUCUUCUGGUUGUUAUUGGGCCAUGGUCAUUGCUAGGAAUACUCACAUUUCUUGUUUUUGAUGCCAUACAGUUCGCACUUGGCAAAACAUUGGUCCGCUUUCGAACUUCAGCAAUUCAAAAAACUGAAAGACGGUUAAAUUUAUUGGGUGAAAUAAUUCGUUGCAUCCGACUUAUAAAGAUGAAUGCUUGGGAGGAAUCGUUCACUACUAGAAUAAAAGAAAUGCGUCGCAGUGAAAAAAUAGAUUUGCGCAAAACAGGGCUGGCACAAAGUCUCACAAUUGCAUUUGGAUCUGUGGUACCCGUGGUGGCAACAGUUUUCACUUUCCUUGGACUUAUAUUGUCAGGCGGAAAUCUUCUGACUGGUGACGCAUUUAGCACUAUAACGGUAUUCUUUAUCAUGGUGUUCGCCCUUCGGAUGAUUCCUUACGGAAGUCGUUAUUGUGCCGAAGCAUUUGCUUCAUUGAAAAGAAUACAAAAUUUACUGCUCUAUCCAGAAUAUGACCAACAAAUCCCAUUUUGCCGAGAUGCAAACAUCGCGAUUCAGUUCAGAAACGCUACUUAUCUUUGGGAUGAUAAAAGUCAGGCAAAUGAAAUAGCAUCAAGUUUGGAAGAAACGAGUAAAAGGAGUGCCGUUGUUGUUAAUGAGCAAAACGAUAUUGAUUCAGUAAUUGCACUGAAAAACAUUACCCUGGAUGUGCGGAAGAAGGAACUUUUGGGUAUAUGUGGUCCAGUGGGAAGUGGCAAAACAGCCUUGCUUACCGCCAUUGUUGGUCAUCUAGUGCCAAAGGAUGGUUCGUUAAAUGUUUCGGGGCAAGCAGCGUUUAUAACACAAACGCCAUGGAUUUUGAAUCAAACAGUUCAGAGUAAUAUAUUAUUUGGUUUGCCAAUGAACACAAGUCGGUAUUACAAAGCCAUCACAGUUUGUGAGCUCACUAAAGAUUUGGAAACAAUGAAAGCGGGUGACCAAACAGAGAUCGGAGAACGAGGAGUGACAAUAUCAGGAGGACAGAAAGCUCGAAUUUCACUGGCUAGGGCACUUUUUGCAAACUGUCGCAUUUAUCUUUUAGAUGACAUAUUUGCAUCGCUGGAUCGGCAAGUCGCUGAUCGUAUUUUCAAGCAUGCUGUGAAAGAAAUGUUAGCAAACAGAACUGUUCUCAUGGUUACUACAGAUGUCCAACGGUUGUCGAAAUGUGAUCGAGUUUGCUACAUGGAAGGUGGAAGAAUUAAGGCAGUAGGUACUCAUGAUGAACUGUUAGAGAAAUGUGAAGCGUAUGCUGUUUAUUGCGAACGCUCCGUUUAUACCGAUGAAAUCAAGUCGAUAUCGGAGACCGCAGAGGAACAACAUGUCUUCGGAGAUGGUUUUGUAAAGAUAGAUCUACCAGAUGGAGCCGAUGAAUUUGUGAAAGUAGGAGCAAAAAUAUCGGACGAAUUUGUAAAUCUUACGAAGCCCGAUGAUGACGGACAAUUGGUUAUGGAUGAAGAGAAUUUCGGCUCGUCAACUGUAUCCUGGGCGGUUUACAAGCAAUACAUCGAUGCAGCUAAUGGCCACUGGGUUUGGGUGGUAUUACUGCUCGCAUUUACUGGCAAUGUAGUUGCCUCAAUAUUUUCUACUGCUUGGCUGUCACAAUGGCUAAAAUAUGGACAUUCACAGCAGGUUGUGAAUAUCAGUGGAGAAACCUACAUCGAAUUCAUUAGCAUAGCAGAAAGCGAGUAUACCAAUUAUUAUGCCACCAUCUAUGGAUUUUCUGUAAUCAUUUUGUUCGUUUCAGGCCUUCUGAAAGCUCUUAUUUUUGUUCAUGUAUCACUAAAUGCCGCUUCACAACUACACAAUAGAAUGUUUGAUAGCGUGAUACGUGGCACAGUUCGUUUUUUCGAUACAACACCAAGUGGACGGAUUCUUAAUCGAUUUUCGAAAGAUAUGGAUGAAAUUGACGUCAAGUUGCCAUUCACGGCUGAAGUUUUCUUUCAAAAUUCACUUACUUGUAUGGGCUAUCUGAUUAUGAUCGCAUGGGUUUUCCCAUCAUUCUUAUUUCCAUGCAUAUUUUUGUUCUCUGUUUUCGCUGUUUUCAUAUUAUGUUUUCGAGCUGGCAUCACAAGUUUAAAACGGUUCGAAAAUAUAUCACGUUCGCCACUGUUUGAUCACAUAUCUGCAAGUAUGGAAGGUAUUCAAACUAUUCACUCACUUGGCCAAACUGAUAAUUUUAUUGAGACUUUAAAAAAUAAGCUGGACUUGAAUAGUGGAGCUAUGUUCAUGUAUCAGUCAGCAAUGCGUUGGUUAGCUGUGUGGUUGGAUUUACUUGUUGUUGCCAUCACUUUCAUUGUGGCAUUACUAAUUGUUAUGCUGACCGGAAGUAUAGCACCAACAGAUGCUGGAAUGGCACUUGUUUUUGCACUACAGAUGAGUGGUAUCUUUCAAUUUGCGGUGCGCACACAAACAGAGCUCGAGGCAAAAAUGACAUGCGUUGAACGCGUUAUUUAUUACAGCGAUCACAUCGAGCCGGAAGAUCAUUGGAAAAAUGGAAGGGAUGAUUCUUUCUUUUCAAAUGAUUGUCCUGUAGAAGGACCCAUUGUUUUCAGAGGAGUUACGUUACGUUAUGGCCCUAGUUUGCCGCUAGCGCUUGAUGAAGUCAGUUUUAAGAUUGAACCAAAGGAAAAGAUAGGAAUUAUCGGACGCACUGGAUCAGGGAAAACAUCGCUCUGUAAUGUCCUCUAUCGAUUGUAUCCGCUGACAUCGGGCACUAUUGAAAUCGGUGGUAUCAAUACAGCAUCUAUUGGGCUUUAUCGGUUGCGUCGAGCUAUGGCAGUGAUUCCACAGGACCCAAUGCUUUUUGCUGGUACAAUCCGGUUUAAUGUUGACCCAAAUAAUGAAUUUACUGAUGACCAAAUUUGGAUGUCUCUCGAAAAAACUUAUUUAAAAGAUAUGGUAUCUUCAUUAGAUCAGAAACUGAAUUCACUUGUCACUGAAGGUGGACGUAAUAUAUCAGUUGGUGAACGACAAUUGUUCUGUAUGGCAAGAGCUUUGCUGAGACGGGUGCGGAUCGUGGUACUGGACGAGGCAACAGGUAGCCUAGAUAAUGCCACAGACCGACACAUUCAAAAAUGCUUGCGUGAAGCAUUUGUCGAUUGUACCGUUAUGAUAAUUGCUCAUCGUUUGGAAAAUGUUUUGGGCUUGGACAAAAUUCUUCAUAUGAAGCAAGGAAAGGUCGUGGAAUACGAUACAAUACAGAACCUAAUAAAGGAUGAGAAUCAUCCUCUGCGACGUUUAUUGGAUGAUCAGAAACUGCGACAAGCAAUAGCUGUGCAGAAAGACCGAAGUAUGAAUAAAAUGGCAGAAAAUCCGGAAGGGACAUCAAAACCAUCAACAAAUGGAAGCAGUGGAAGUAGUCCUGAACAUCUCCAUCCAACUUUUGCUGAGGCUUCUGGUAAGACUUCUCCGGAAACAUCAGAAUUUGAAAAGAUUAGUGAUAGCAUUGAUAAAGAAAUAACCGCUAUGAGCAAUGAUAAUAGUGACCUCGAAGUUAUCAAUAAGUCGGAUGUCGAGUCAAAUUAUUAAAUAUGUUCCGAAUAUCUUUUUAUGUAUGUCUGCUUUUAUGUAUGCAUACAUGUGUGAGUGUGUGUACUUGGCCGUGUGAGUAUGGAUAAUGUACCAUCUAAUCUUCUUUUAAUUCAAAAAAUAUUUUGAAGUAUGUGAAGAUGCCAGACACAUGUGUUAAUCCCACAAUUUAAUUUCUUGAG